AUGCCCAAAGACGCGUACAUGCUACCCCUCCUUGCCUGGGCGCAAAGAGCCCAGGACACACAGGGUUUGAUACCAGUCGUGAUCGCUAUUGCAGCUGUGCUCAUCACCGCAACAAUUUACCAUGUUGCGUUCGCUACUGAUAUUCCAUACAUCAAAGGGCUGCCCGAGAUUCCGGGCGCAUCUCCCAUCUUUGGACAUCUGCUCAAGCUUGGGGAGGACCAUGCCACUGUCUGCGAGAAAUGGUGGCGGCAGUAUAACCAGUCCGUCUUCCAAAUCAAGCUUGGAAACACUCGGGCGGUUGUGGUAAACUCCUUUGAGGACUGCAAGAAGAUGCUACUGGGUAAUCAGAAUGCCGUCAUUGACCGUCCCAAACUGUAUACCUUCCACGGCGUUAUUAGCAGCACACAGGGGUUCACGAUAGGAUCAUCGCCCUGGGACGAGUCCUGCAAAAAGAAGCGCAAGGCUGCAGGCACAGCGCUUGGUCGCCCUGCAUUGCGCAACUACCACCCCAUGUUCGAUCUUGAGAGCUACUGUAUCUUGCGAGAUAUACAUAAGGACAGUCGGAAUGGAGAGUUGGAACUCGAUGUGCGCCCGUACAUUCAACGAUACGCGCUUAACACAACACUGACCCUCUGCUACGGCAUCCGGAUGGACGCUGUCUAUGACGACUUACUGCGUGAGAUUUUACACGUCGGUUCAGCAAUUUCUCUCUUACGUAGUGCUUCUGAGAAUCUCCAGGAUUACGUUCCGAUCCUCCGGUACUUGCCCAACAACGAGAAGAAUGCACGCAGUAAGGAGCUGCGUGACAGACGCGACAAGUAUCUGGACCACCUCCUCAAUAAGGUCCGCGACAUGAUCAAGGAAGGCACCGACAAGCCGUGCAUCUCGGCCGCCAUACUCAAGGACCAGGAGACCAAGCUGACAGGCGUUGAAGUUUCUUCCAUCUGCUUAUCUCUCGUUUCGGGUGGGUUCGAAACCAUCCCCGGGACGUUGACCUCCUGCAUCGGGUCGCUCUCCACCCCCGAGGGCCAGAUCUGGCAGGAUCGCGCGUAUGAGGACAUCAAGCGCCACUAUCCCGAUAUCCGCAACGCUUGGCAACAAAGCUUUACGGAAGAGAAGGUGCCAUACGUAAACGCCAUUAUCAAAGAGGCCGGUCGGUAUUAUACGGUCAGUGCUAUGAGUCUGCCCAGAAAGACAGUCACGGAAGUCAAUUGGAACGGUGCGAUUAUUCCGCCCAAAACGAUGAUCCUGAUCAAUGCACAGGCUGGCAAUCACGAUACCGAUCAUUUUGGCAAGGACGGCGGAAAGUUUGACCCUGAGCGGUGGCUGUCUAGCGUCGAGCCCCCUGUGGAGGCCGAAAUUCAAGGCCUACCUCAUCUUAGCUUCGGCACAGGGUCUCGCGCAUGCUCGGGCCAAUACAUAGCCAGCCGUCUCUUGAACGCUGCUCUCAUCCGCCUGCUGUCGUCGUACAAGAUUGUGGCUAGCGAGACCGAGCCACCGAAUACUGAUUAUGUAGACUAUAAUCAGUUCAAGACGGCAUUGGUAGCUAUACCGAGGGAGUUCAAAGUCAAAUUAAUUCCUCGUGACGAGGCAAUGAUGACCGAGUGCUUGCAUCAGGCCAAUGAGAGGACGAAAGAUCACUAUAAAGAGUGA